CAAACUUACCUGAAUGUACCAAGAGACAUGAAGCAUGGUAUUUUGGAGAAGCUUGCUGAAGCGAUCUACAAAUUUGAUGCCUAUCCAAAUGAAGAACGAUGCCAUUCUGUGGCAUUGGCGCUCAUAAGCAAACAUCCCUGCCUGAGGGAACCAGGCUCGCCAGAUGGGUGUUCUGGCUGGAAGAAUAGCUUGACAUACAAAAUGGGGAACUAUCGCACUAAACUGAGAAAAGCUGGAUGUGCAGAAGUUGCUAUAAAUCAGGGUAAAAAAGGCGCCCCAGGAAUGGCAUCAAAAGGCCUCAAAAGACCAAAAAGGUUUGAGGUCAAUUACUUACCAGACCUCCCUGAGGGGCAGAAUGAAGAUAGACUAGAAGUUGAAAGAAAGCUCCUGGUUGAAGAAAUGAAAAAACGGAACCCCAGUGGAACAGUCAUUGCAUCUAAGAUGGACCAGACAUUCCCACUGCGGAGACGGGAGAUUGUGGAGGCUGAACCUCCAGUGAAAACCCUGAAGGAGCGCUGGCCAGCUCUUUUUACAGAGAGACAAGUGUUUGCUGAGUUCAACAGCAUAGCCACGACAAACCUGGAGAAUGACUUUUUUGGUGCUAAACUGGCUGAGAUUGUGCAGCAAAUUGAUUCAAGGAAACCAGAUGUGACAGCAGUGCGUACCCUUGUUCUCCAAGGCAUCCCUGCUCUGCUUGGUGAUGACCCCAGUAACUUCUACAACACCUCCUUUGAUUCUGACAGUGAUGAGGCCUGGGACCAGGUAUCUGUUGGGUUGCUGACUGUCAUCAGUGAAGAUGUGCCCCUCUCGCCAAAUCAUCUCCAUCUUGACCCAGUGUCUACUGCCAUCAUUCUUGAAGGAGGUAUUGUAAUGGACAAUCUCCAGAACCUACCUCAAGCACUUUGCCUCUUGUUUGGGUUGUCCUAUGCACUACACUUGGACUACCCUAAAGCCAUGAAAAACACAUUCAGCUUCAUUCAACGAGUGAUGCUUGGCCUGGGAGAGAACAAACUCCCCCCCAAACUUCAAACUCUUAAAAAUCUCCUGUUGAGUUAGAAUGGUAAAAAUCAAGAGUGACACUUGGCAUACAAUCUUGUUUAUAAAAGUGGGUCCAGUUGCUUUUUAUUGUUAGCUAAAUUAAGGCACUCCUUUCAUAUUGUUUUAUAUCCACUGGGUUCAUCAGCAAGUUACAUUUAGAGGCUGCAGGUGUAUGGUCAUUCAUACGUGUAUGAGAUCGGUUGCCAUAGUCAUUAUUGUACAAUAACUGGAUGUCACUUGUAAUAGUCAGCAGGUUGAUACUGUCAGCAGUUUGGUCUUUAAACUUUAUUGUUAAUACAAAAGUAAAGCAGUUUCUCAGGAUUAUGUUAAAUAAAAGGUCAGGGUUGGAAUUUUCUUUCCACAAAUGAGAAAUU